AUGGCUGAAUUUAUAAAUCGAAUAGUGUUGAAUGAAACUCAAACUAUCAUUGGCCUUUCUGAGUUGCGUUCAGUUCUUGGAUUCGCACCGUCCGAAGUUUGGAAAAAACGGCAACCGCCGAGUGAAGAGGAAGUCGAUGCGGCUCCGACUGUUGAAGCUUACUACAUGCUUAAAGAACCAAUUAGCAAGCAUCAGCGUUCCAAUCAGGACGAGUUCCUCCCAGAACUGAUCCCUCUAGCAGUCACUUUUCUGGAUGAAAGAUUCCCUGGCAUUCGGAAAGUCUAUCGGAGAUACCUCGAAGAAAAGUUUCGCAGUCUCGGAGGGAAAAUUGACAAGAAAGGAGUGGACUAUAUGAUUUAUGAGUUUGCGAGAAUUCAAACGCGAGUGGGACAUGCGACGUUUCUUCUCACCUGA